GUGUUGCUGCGCCGUUUGUGACGUCACUGUGCCCUGUGCCGGCAGCGGCACUUCCAGUGGUGGGGCGGCGAGGAUCGGGGAAAGACGGUUUGGCCAAGCACAGCACAGGACAGCCCAGCUCUGCCGAACGACCAGGGGUUUCGCACGUGCGGCGGCCGCGGGGGAAACCACGUGCCAAGGCCGGCUGAGAGGUGACGGGACCGGAGAGGGGUCGCCGUCCACGGGGAUUUUACGAGAGCCACUCGCGCUGCUCAAACCGCGCAGUAUCCAGCUUUGUGGGGCAUUUGAACCUGACGGCAGCGUGACGUCUGACUGCGUGCAGGCGUACUCCUCGUCAAGGUUCCGGUCGACCACGUGUGACCGCCACGUGGGAGGGUCGCACCGGGGAGAACGCAACCCCUCCACAUCUGCGCCUGCCAUCCAACAACAGGGUGGGGGAUGAGCCUGUUCGAGGGCGCGACGACGGCGCGGCCGCCCUCCGGUCGCAGGCUGCAGCGCCAGGAGGAGGCGCUGGCGCGCAAGCGCAACGCGGAAGACGACCGCCUGCGGCACUGGGACGGCGUGCGCAGCUACUUCUGCGACUGGGACCGCCAGAUGACCCAGUACAACAACUGGGCGUCGCCGCAGUACUACCAGGCCAGCCAGGAGCGGCUGCAGAAGGAGGCUGCGGAGAAGCAGCGGCGUGCGUGCCUGGAGCAGCGCAGGCAACGCCUCCGCGAGCUGCUGGAGGCAGAGAGGCAGCAGCUGGAUGCGGAGCGUGCGGCGGCAGCCAGGGAGCGGGGGCGGGGCCGGGGGCGGCCACCACUUCAGCUGCAGGAGGCAUCUCUGGCGGCGCUUGAGCUGCGCAGGCGCGAGGACACGGCGCGUCUACGCGAAGCCGAGCUGCGCCUCCACCACCAGUGGUGCCGCGGGCAGCCCGUACUGAGGCAGUGGGAACGGCAGAAGCAGCAGCAGUUGGUUCAACGGGCGUGGGUGGAUCAGGUCAAGGAGCAGCAAGAGCUAAGAGCAAAGAGAGAGCAGGAAGAAAUGGAAGCAUUGCGUGAGCGAGAGGCUAAGCUUUUGGAAGAACAACGUAAACAGGAGGAGCUGAAGGAGCUGAAGAGAAAGAAGGCUGAGUUGCUACAGCAGCAGCUGAUGGAGCAGGUUGCUGUAAUAAAGGAGAAGGAGAAAGAAUCAGAAGCUUUAAAAAGGCAAGAAGCAGAAGCAAUAAGGAAGCAGGCAGAACUGGAAGAACUACGGCAGCAGAGAGAACGAACUCAAGAGAAACUUCGAAAGCAACAACUGCAUGUAUUUCACCGACAGCAGUAUCAGCUUCAGUUACGUAAAAGAGCUCGUGAAGUAUUAGAACAAGUAGAGGAAGAUCUUAAAAUGUUGGAGAGGAUCAUUGCACUAGAACAAGAAGAGGCAGAGGAAGAAAAGAUCCAAAGAGCAGCGUUAAAAUUACAGAUGCUGAGAACACAACAUCAGUUAAAAAUGCAACGGGAAGAAGAGAAGAAAAGAAUUGCAGACAUGGAGUUAAUGUUUGAUGAAGAAGCACGGUUGAUGUGGCAAAAGCAGGAAUCUCGUUGGAAAGCCGAAGAGCAGGCCAGAGAAGUGCUGAUGUUACAAGUCCUCCAGGCUGUGCAACAGCAGCUGGAAGAAAAGCUUCAACGCAAUCUGUCAGAACAACGUGCUCUAAUACUGGAGCGAGAAAAUAUUCUUGCUGAGGUGGAAGCAGCACAUCAGCAGCUUCAGGCAGAACGAGAGGAGCAGGGACUUGCCAAGAGAAAUCACAAACUGGAAAUUGAGAAACAACUAUUGCAAAAACAACUAGAUGAGGUGGACCAACUCCAAAAGGAAAGAGAAGCUGCUGAACGAGAAAAACAAAAGAUCAUUGAAGAGGAAGAACGGAUCCUUGCUGAGAUGAGGCGCUUGGAAAAAGAAGCUUAUCUGUUACCAAAUCAUCGUAGGAAGCGCAUUAUUUGGUGACAAGCUUAAUCAGUAACUGCUAGAAGAUUGCUGGUUGGUGCUUUAUUUGUUGUUACAACAUGAAUGUAAUUUGAUGAUUUUGUGCCUAAAAGUAUUGUAACAUAUGUUGUGCAUUGAUAUUAUCUGUUUCAUUGUUAAAUCGUUAUUGCACUUCUAUUACCAGAAUUCAAUAUAAUGUGUUUCUAGUGUAACUACAGGACCACAUCACGUUUUAUGUUUUUAUCUGAAUUGCUUGUUGUAUAACAUGACCAUGCUAAAUACA